GCAUGUGGCAUCAAGGCAAAUUUCUGCAGCACAAUGGAGGGAUUGUGACAUGCUUCUGAACAAUGCCAUCCAGUCACUAGCCAAUGAGUUCAAAAUGAAGGUACAGGCCAUUGUGACUACACAUAUGUUACAAGUGAGAAGGUCAAGAAGCUCCUGGGUGGUCACAAAUAUUAUUAGAACCCACACAGCAUGCAACUGGCCAAUGCCAUUAUUCAUGACAAGGCAAACAAGGUUAAUGAAGGUUGCUCUCAUGGGGAGAAGCUCUCCCUCCAACAGAUUCAGGAGUUGGCAAGGGUGGACCCCAAAUACCAGGACAUGACUAAAGAUGAAAAAGAUGAAUUGUUACAUGGCCUCACUGAAUAUCAUACUCUCAAGAACACAAGUGUUCACACUACAAAUUCUGCUGCAGCUUGUGAUGCACCAUUGACCUUGGAACAUGUUUUUAAAAUACCUUUCUGGUACAGAACUGAUAAUGUCAUGGACUUUUGGGAGGAUGUUAUGGACCUCUGUUGUAGCUGUGCCUUGACCCUGGCCAGACUUGGCCUCACACUUGUUCAGUCCAGCCUUGGCCUCAGCAAACUCUUACCUCUAGUUGGUCUAGCACACAACCUUGUGAGACUGGCAUUACUGAUCUCUGUACUAUAG